CGUCAUGCUGAUAAUGGGCGUGUCUGUUAGACUAUAUUAGGACCCGCUGUCAGCUGUAGGGAGCGUUGUCUGGGUUUGUAUCUGAUGCUCGAGGACGUAAAGAGAAAAAGACAUUUGAGGACAAAUACAUCACCUGUAAAGGAGAUCAUUAAAAAGAGGAUAUUAUGGAGCUCAUCAUCAAAGUCCUGAGUGGGGAAACAAAGACCGUGCAAGUGAAUCCAGGUGACACGAUUGGUGCACUCAAGCAAAAAGUCGCCCAAAUCUUUAAUGCAAGACCUUCACGGCUGAAGCUUUCUGUCACCAAUGGGUGUGUCGUGCAGCUGGACAAUGACCAGGAGACUGUGAGCAGUUAUGGUCUGAGUUCAGGGGCCACGGUGAUGCUGCUGAUCUCCAUGACUCCCGUGCCACUUCAAGUGUUUGUGAAGAAUGAGAAGGGACAGAUGAAGACAUAUGACAUCACUGACGAUGAAACUGUUGAUCAGUUGAUGAAAAAGGUACGCCAAAAUGGAGGAGCACCAGAGGACCAGCAGCGGCUGAUCUACAGCGGUCGACAGCUCGAAUCUGGCAGGAAGCUGCAGGAUUACGGCAUUGUUUCUGGAAGCACCAUUCAUAUGACCCUCCGUCUACGUGGAGGCUGAUGGGACAGAAACACUUGGAGAUCAUUUUAGCCUAAAAAAUAAUUUAAUGUGAUUCCUUUUGUAAUGUCUGUUACUUUCUAAUUGCACUAAAUUUAUUCUCAUUUUCGGAUAGUUUUUUUUUCAGUCAUUUUCUGCAGUAUUCUUUCUUAUUCCAGUAUUUCCAAUAUUCAUUCAAUUAUAUUACAUUUGCUUGCUUCAACAGUUACAUUUUUGCGUUUAGAAUAUUUAAUUAGCACAUAGUAGAAAUAAUUUAAUUUAAUAUAUAUAUUUUUUUUAUUUUUAUGUUAAUUACUUGCUGUAAUACUAUAAAAGAUUAAAUUAAGUGUGAUAGUUUAUUUUGUUAUGGGUCUUGUAAGUGAAUUAAUUUAAUUUCAAUUUAAAUACAUAUAUUUAUUAAAAUGUCUGAAUUGCUUUGCCUUGAUUUUUUUUUGUAAAGCUCUGGCAGUGACACAAGAUAGAUAUUAGUUAUAAAAUUAGAAUAGUAAUGUUAAUAAGCUGAUUAUAACUUAUAUAUUUAUGUAAUAUAAGAUUGUAUUAUUACAUUACAUAUUAUAGCAAUAUGUUCCAUUAUAGUUAUAACUAGUUACACUCUUACAUUAGUUUACAUAUACUUUAUUUUCUUUAUCUAGAAACCUUAUAAAGUCCAGGUUUAUUACUCAGUGACAUGAAACUAACAGUAAGUACAGAAUAAUAAGACAUACCAAUGUGUCCUAGUAAGUAAAAGUUUAAUCACCACAAGUUUAACAAACAGAAAUCUCAGGAAUUUUGAAUUUUUUUCUGAAUCGGAAUUUCUGUAAAACUGUUUGCAGAUUCUGUUGAUUGUCAAAAGUGCCAUACAAAUAAAAAUAAAAUAAAUCAA